ACGUGCUUGUGGUUUUAAGGAAAUGCGAAUGAUACGACGUUAUGACGAUUUUUGUGAAUGCCCAAGGCGAUCACGAUGAUGAAUACGUGACUGUAGGCAUGUCGAUCACGUGACGUCGGCGCUCCAGUCACAAGUACUUGUGGGAACGGCUGAGUUGCUCAGUCUGUGUUGAGGAACCAGUGCAUACAUUAUAAGUUGUAACAUAACCUAGUUUCAGUAGCGUCACAGAUGUGAUUGAGAAUUGACGGAUUGAGAGGAGACACAUCGCAUACAGUGUUGAUUUGAAAAAUAGUGAACAAUGUACAUUCAGUUCGAGAGUUCCAGGGUGAAAGAUACCCAGAGGGAAGCUAUAAGAGACGCCCGGAAAAGAAUUUUGGCUGAGGCAGAGGAGAGAUAUCACAGGAAAGAGGGACAGAGGGAGAGAGCUAGACAGCGUGGAGAUGAUAAGUGGAUGUUGCCUUCGGUGGAUGCAAAGGUAUCUGAAAAAUCGAAGAAGCGAAGCAAGAAGGAGAAAAAAACGAAGCACCGGAAAAGACGAAGGAGGAGUUCUUCAGAUUCGUCUAGUGAUUCAUCUGAUGGAGAGGAAGACAAAUGGGUCGAAAAGUGUCCUUCCCAGGAACCUUCGAAGGAUCCACCUGAACGACUGGAGCGAGACGAGUGGAUGAAUCUCUCCGGAGCUUUUGAUUGUGCUCCAAGGGAGAAAAAAACGAAGAACGAACAGGUCAACAAGGAAACCUGCAUCUUGGACAAGCCUGGUCAGAGCUCGAGAGAGCUGAAUCCCCACUGGAGGCACGGGGGAACAGGUCUUCCCGAUGAAGAUAAAAAAUCCAAGGUCACGAAUCCUGAGUGGCUCAAGAAGAGUCUCCAAAGGGCGGAAGAGCAGGCGGAAGAGGAGGGAAGAUCCUUGGAGGAAAUCGCUGAGGAGAGAUGGGGCUCUCUAGAUGCUAUUAAAUCAAUGAUAGAGGAGGCAGAGCAAGGCAGCAGACCCUCAGGGUCAUCUCGUCGACAGUACGAGGUCGACAGGCACAGAAGGCACCAUAGGAAUCGCAGCAGGAGCCGUUCCAGAAGUGGAGAGAGAAGAAAUAAUUUCCGAGACUGGAAAUACCCGGACAACAGAAAAAAACCAUCAUUCAAGGUGCCAGCAGAUGACGCUGAUAAUUCUCGCUGUCAUUCAUCGAGCAGAUCAACUUCUUCGAGGAAGAGCUGGAGGAAACCUGAGGCUAACGAUGCGAUUAGACUUCAGGAGUCUUCCUCAGGAUCAAAGGCACAUGGAAAGGAAAAAUCGAGUGAAGAUGAGCCCUCUUCAGGGGAUGAAAAACCAAAAGAAGAGACUGCUGAAGCGAUCAUGUCUGAGGAUGAAUUGAAUAAACUCGGGGCUAGGAUCGUGAAAGCUGAGAUAAUGGGGGACAUGGAUCUAGCUCAGGAGCUGAAAGAAAAAUUGGAGAGAGCAAGGGAGAUGAAAAAACAAACGCGCAAAUCACGCGAGGCGGAACGCGGAGGAGUGAAGGAUGUCAUACUGACUGUGACCAAUUCCAGGGGAAUGUCCAAACCUUUGGAGCCCCGAAGCCGGUACGAGGAGCCCCAGGGAGGCAGGAGGAAGAGUAAAAAGGUCGAGACUCAUGAUAAAGGACAGCGAGUCAGAUACUUUGCUGAUGACGAUAAAUACAAUCUUCAGCAGAUGUUCGAGAGGGAAAAAGGAGAGUCGAGUCGACACAAGGAUGAUUCUGCAUUUGUGAAGAUUGCUUCGAAGAGCAUGGAUAUGGAGGAAUUGUUCGAGCAGAGCAUAACUAGGGGUGAGAGCGACGCCAAAGAGGAUUUGAGGGACAAGAUGAGGGCCAUCAAGGAGCACAACAGGAUGGAGAAGAGUUUGGACAGCUGUAAAUUGUGCUUCGAUUCCAAGGAGAUGCUGAAGCAUCUCAUUGUCGCUAUGGGGAACAAAACGUACUUAUCCCUUCCGCCUCACGUGUCUUUAACCCCUGGACAUUGCAUUAUCGCGCCUAUUCAUCACAGUCCUUGUCAGACGCAACUGGACGAAGAUAUUUACGAGGAACUUCAAGUAUUCAAGAAGGCGAUUACUAAAAUGUGUGCAGAUAAUAAACUGUAUCCUGUGUUCUUUGAAGUCGCCAUGGGUGUCCACAGGUUCCCCCAUAUGCAGCUGGAGUGUGUGCCCAUACCUGAGGAGUUAGGCAGCAUGGCUCCCAUGUACUUCAAGAAAGCUCUUCUGGAGUGCGAAAUGGAAUGGUCAACUAAUAAAAAAGUUGUCGAUCUGUCGAAAAAAAAUGUUAGACAGUCGAUUCCCAAAGGUCUGCCGUAUUUCACGGUAGAUUUUGGCGAUGGCGGGCCAGGUUUUGCUCAUGUCAUUGAGGAUGAGAAACUCUUUCCAAGGAAUUUCGCGCAGGAGAUUAUUGGAGGUAUGAUGGAUUUGGAUUCUCAUAUGUGGCGAAAACCUAGGCGGGAGAACUUCGAGUGUCAGAGGAAGAAAGUUAUCGAAUUUGCCGAAAAGUGGAAAAAAUACGAUCCUACGAUUUAA